AGAAUGAAGGACUCUGUUCAAGCACCCACUUCCAUGCGCACCUACGGCAGUGUUCUGCAGGAGGCCGUGGAUCGGCUCAGCCAAGCCGUUCUGGGAAAACGUUGGGAUGAGCAGUACCGCAGUCCUGGAGUCUACACAGGUGAAUUGUUGGCCAUGGAGUACCUGUACAGCCAGACUGGCAUAUCACUUACUCCAACGCUCCACAACCAAGAGGAGGAGGACCAGCUGGUGGAGGACAUUGAUGACGAGGACAUUGAGGAUGAAGGCUUUGAGGAGGAGACAGAGGACAUCACAGUUCCUGUGCUGACUGACGAUGACCAUGACAUUGAAAGGAGGCCCUCAACCACAAGGCGUCGGGCACCUUCACCACCACCUCUACCAGAACUGCCGUCCACGUCCACGGGUGGAGGUCAGCGUCCAGUUGCUGCUGCCGCCGUUCCGUCCAUGUCGGGUCAAGGACUGCACCCUGCUGCUACUGCUGCUGCCACCACUUCAGGGGCUCAGGGCGUCGUCGUUGGACCAGAUGGCAUUCCUGGGUGGGACAAAGUGCAAGAGCUGGCUGCUUACCUGGUGGACCUGCGAGAUGCCACCUACCUCACUGAGCCACAGGUGACCGAGGUCAUCCAGCUGUGGGCGGCACUCCCAGACAGCGACAAGGAGAGGAUCGACUACCAGCCACGUCGCCAGGAGCGGCUGUCGUCUGGUCGAUUCAAGGCACCGAAGCGGUCUGGAGUCACACCGGGUGUGGAGAGCGUCAAGCGCAGCUUGAUAGGUCACCCUGGGGGGCCGGCUCAGUGGCCUGGUGGACCAGAAUUCUGGAUGAUUACCACCACAUCCGUGACUUGA